AUGAUCUACUCUCCUUCCUCUACAUCUGCUGCACGGCAGUAUUCACCCAAGCAAUUCCGCUUCGUCAACGGUGCCACCAGACCGAGGAAGCGUCGAAAGGAACACGGCGGCCAAUCGACAGAACCAGAAGAAUUGUCAGCGGCCACGACAGAACCUCUGCUGAGGGUAACGGGUCAAGAAUUGGAGAUAUCCGAUGAAUAUCAAUGGAGCAAUAGCUUUGCCGACCUAGGGGAACGGCAAGAGGAAUUCUCGUCUGAUGAUUUUGCUUUAUUCGACUCGCUACUUCCCAAUAUAUUUGCCACGCCUUCACUUGAUACUGAGCUCCAAGAUACAUCGGCGGCAGGCUUGAUGGACAUGACUAGGAUGGUUCCGACCGCUACAGGAGAUAGAGGAAAGGAGCUUCAAAACAAGGCGCUCCUGGCAACCCCAAGUGACUCGGGCCCCCAACACAUUCAAGGAUUCGCAUUUCCUUUUCCAUCGUUACGUCUUGGCCCAGAUUCUACAAUUUUCGAAGUCGCCUCCCUCGACUACGAGGAGCAUCUUGACCUGUAUGACUCAGAGUACUGUGUACUUCCGCUCACAGGCGAUAUCCCAGGGGCUGUUAAUCCAUUUCGUUGCGAGCGUCAGACAUCUAAACUCUCCGGCCUUUAUGCCCAUGCCAUCCUAGCGCUCUGCUGCCACCAUCGCGCGCGUUUAGCGGGCAGCCGGUCAAUUGAAGCAGCUGAACACCGCAGGAAAGCGGUACAAUUACUCGAAUCUGCAUUCCACGCUAAUGCGUGCAUAUUCAAUGAUCCAAAGUCUUGGCGGUUGCGAAGUGUUGACAACGCCGCGAAUGCGGGCACAAGUCGGUGGGAUGCCACACUCGCCUUGAUCUCACGACAGAGCCCCCUCAUUGACCGAGCCUAUCUGGAUUUUUUGAUUGGAUGGGAGAAACAGGACGACUGGUCCUUCUUUGAUCUGACUGGGUGUCCGCAAGACACGCUGGUUUACCUGGUGCAACUCGCCGACCUCGCCAAGCAGAGAGAGAUUGCAGCUACUAUGCAAUGGCUGACUUUCGACACGGCGCCUGUCAAUCAAAUACAGCGUGAACUGAUCCAGUGGCAUAAUGACGCCGGAGCUCCACUAGGCAGCAGGGAGUCCUAUUCGACGGAAGAAGAGGCCGUGAAGCAAGUCCAUGAGCAGCAAGAUCGAUACCACUGUGCUGAGGCAUGGAGACAGGCAUUGCUUCUCUAUAUUGAAGUUGUUUUUAAAAGCGAUCAUAAAAAACGCUCUAUAAACGUUCAUCGAUUAGUGCGCAAGACAAUUGACAGCAUUCGGUGCUGCCGCCGAACGUCCCUGGCACAGAAACAACUGCUGAUUCCAGUCUUCCUAGCUGGAAGUGAGACAUCGGACGAGGAGCUGCGUGAUUUUGCGAAAGAAUAUUGUGCGUACUGGGGGAAGAAAAGUCGCUACAACAUGUUCAAUUCUGUUCCUAUGAUUUUUGAAGAAAUAUGGGCAACAGGAAAAUGGUGGGGACAUGUGAUUGAUAGCAAGACCAGACCUAGCUCUGACCAUGAACACGGAACUACACAAUUCUUAUUUGGAUAG